GGCGCCGCGGAUUGGGCCGGGGUGUGUGACGUUGAGGCGGGUGCGCGGCGUGGGGAAGGGGCGGUAACGUGCCCUUGACAAUGUAAUAACAAGAAGCUGGAGUCAGGGCGGCAACAUGGCGCAUCCCGAGCCCCCGGUCAUAGAAGGCUUCACGCCAACACAGCGCAUGGAGACGGAGCAGCUGAAGAGCAAGUUCAUGAGGAAAAUCCAGGAGAACCCAUUUGUACCUAUCGGAUGCCUUGCCACUGCUGGUGCUUUAACGUAUGGGCUCAUUGCCUUCAAGCAGGGGAAAACCCGGCAGUCCCAGCUGUCAAUGCGUGCACGUAUCCUUUCCCAGGGAUUUACAGUGGCUGCCCUUAUGGUCGGUGUGGUUAUGGCUGCCGUGAAGACCCGUCCACCGCCAAACUAAAGCAAAGAUGUGAUUGUACAAACACUGGCUCAUCCAAAGACUAUGCAAAAGGCACAUCUGUGGCCGUGGGAGGUGAUUUGACUUGUCUCCAUGAGUAACUGAUGAAGAAGAUUUAUCAGACAUGUUCUUACCAUGUAUAGCUGAAUCUCUAUUGUAGUGGCUACCAGCUGUAACAUUGAAAUGAGUAUUUGGUGAUUUAGCACAAGGUUAUUAUCUGUUGCAAUGAACUAAUUUGUCUUUGUUAAUGCAAAUACUACGGGUGUGUCAGCAUAUAUAAACUGGCGUGCAUAAUC